AUGAGCUACUAUGGCAGCUACUACAGAGGCCUGGGAUAUGGCUGUGGAGGCUUUGGUGGUCUGGGCUAUGGCUGUGGCUGUGGAGGCUACAGAUAUGGCUCUGGCUAUGGAGGCUAUAGAUAUGGCUGCUGCCACCCAUCAUGCCGUGAAGGAUAUGGUUUCUCUGGAUUCACUAAAAAACUUGCUGAUUCUCAUACUCUAACUCCAAGAUCUUGCCUGUAUGCUUCAGCAAGGCGAACACUUUUCUCAAUGUAG